CACAGUUGCUUACCUAACCCGUGAGAGAGAGGACGUACACAUCUCUCCCUUCCUCCAGAGAGUGAGAGAGAGAGAGAGAUUUUCCUCCACCUUCCUUACUCUCCCUCCUUUUCUUCCUCCUCCUUCUCAUCUUCCUUCUCCUCUUCCUCCUCCUCCUCAUCUCCCUCUUCCUCCUCCUCAUCCCGUCUUUUUUUUUUUUUUUUACCUUAUCCUUCCCUGCCCUCUGAUUCCUCCUCCCUCCCUUUCUUCCAUUCCUCCUCCUCCUCCUCCUCCUCCUCAUCCCCAGUUAUUUCUUCUCAGCGUGGAUUAACAGCACAAGAGGUACAACCACUACCACCACCACCACCACCAUGGCCGCAGAGUUCGACACCGGUGCCACCAAUUCUUGGCUGAGCGGCGGGCUGGGCAGAUGGCUAGGCGCUGGAUCCUCCCCCGUCGACUGGUGCGAGGACAACUACACGGUCUCCCCACACAUCGCGGAGUUCGUCAACACACUCUCCAACGCGCUCUUCGUCCUGGUCCCAGCGGCUGCGAUGCGCCUAUGGUCCAGCUACGCGAAGCAAGUGUCCCGGGGUGUCCAUGCAGUCUGGCUCCUCUUCACCGUCGUGGGGCUCAGUUCGGCCUACUUCCACGCUACCCUGUCACUCCUCGGGCAGCUCCUGGACGAGUUAUCCAUCUUGUGGGUUCUGAUGCUGUCCUACACGCUCUUCACCCCCGCGCAGUACUGGUCUCGUUAUACACGGAAUCGCUUCUCCGUCUACGCGUUCGGGAUGGCGUUCCUAGCUUGCCUGAUCACGGUCUCCGCGUUCUUCCGACCUGCUGUGAAUGCCUACGCGCUGUUCCUGGUCGGGGUUCCUGCUGUGCGGAUGCUGGUGUCCGAGAUCAGAGCCACGAGAGAUCCCAAGGUGGUCAAACUCGGGGUCCGAACCCUUUUGGCGCUGAUUCUGGCGGCGUUGGCGUGGACGAGUGACCGGUUCCUGUGCUGGGUGUGGAAGGCGGUCCACCUGCCUGUCCUUCACGCACUGUGGCAUGUCCUCAUCUUCAUCACGGCGUACGGCAUGCAGGUGCUGUUCUGCUACUUCCACGCCGCGCAGGAUGUCCCAGAGUCGCGGCCGGUGCUGAGGUUCUGGCCGCGGCGAGCCUUCUCCUGGGGGCUGCCCUACGUGUACUGCCUGUCUGCUGGCUUGGACAAGACCCCCUAGCAGACUACAAACCCCAAACAGACCUCAAACAUUGCCUAUACACUAUAAAAAGACCCUAAAUAUUG